CAUGGGACUGUCCCAUGUAUACGCGGUUUCGCUUAGGCAACCAUUGGGACAUUCACGCCAUCCUCAAAGAAGCUGGUCUCGAAGAACUACUGUCCAUUGAUACCAACAUUGCACCAAAAAAUAGAAUCGAACAGGAAGCAUCCGAGUCUCAAGGCGAUUCCAGAAUAGAGCGCACCUCCCGUUCUUCACUCAGUGACAAGUCUUUCUUGCAAGCUGAUGCUACGCGAUGUCACGACGAGUUUGGCGGUGUUGAUGAACUCUCACCAAGGUUUUUUGACAUUAUGGACGCCCAUAAUUCUUCCCCACCGGGUGGUGCCCGCCCUCAUUCGUCUGCAAGUGUGCUCACUGCUCGUCUUUCCUCACUCUUCCACCACUUUCGACCCGACAAUGCUGAAGCAACAGAAACUUCGCAACCCCCAACACCUUCGAGGUUGCACCCCCGUCUGCUUUUCGCUCGCCUGUCCUCACUCAUACACCGUUCUUCACCUGAGAAUGAUGCACUAGAUGAACUUCAACAACCCUCCACGCCUUCACGGUUAGAUCUACAUGCACUACUCGUUCACCUGUCGUCACUUUUCCCCGGCUCUCGACUCAAUACAGGCGGAGAAACUGAAGGUCAUCCCACAACGCCUCCAGGUUUACGUCCGGAUGCACUUAUUGAUCGCCUGUCCUCAUUCUUCCGCUCUCAACCCCACAAUGAUGAAGAAAUCGAACUCCCGCAACGCCCAAGGCGUCCUCAUGUUGUCGAAGUGGCGGCAGUGCGAGACAGGCAGGCAUUGUAUGUUGCUCCGCGGCCGCGACCUCGUCCACGCACUCAGCCUAAUGGUACUGCAACACAUGCACAAUCACAACCUAUCACAUGGUGGGCUCAUGUCGUGCUUUUUCUUUGCUGUGUAUCUCUUCAGCACACCCAUGGCAAUGUGAUACCAACGCAGCAGCAGCAAUGUCAAUCACAAGGCCCAGCUCAGCCUCAGGCGUUAUCAUCGCAGACUCAGCCUGCUGCCGUUUCGGAUGCGACACCUCCUGCUUCAAACGUGCAGUCACGACCCCUUCCAUUGCGAGCUCGUUUCGUACUUUUUCUUUGUUGUGUGUCUCCCCCACACGCCGAUGGUCAUUGAUGCAGCGCGUGUACAACUAUCUUACAAGUGUACUAUCUAGUUCUUUCUUAGACAGACAUUCACUUUUCACAAGCUCCUCAACGUUCAACCUUGAUUGUCCUUCUGGGUAAGCGGUUGUUGUCCUGGCUGCAGAUCCUGGUGCUCUACGACAGACAUCUUGUUUACCAAUCGAAUCAUCAGCAUUCUUUCCUUGGAUUCCCCACCUCAGCCAGUGU